GGGCUCUGAGAAAUGAGUGAAGUCGCUGUUUUUCUGGCUUCCUGUCAGAGUUGUCUGGAUCUGUCGAGAACUGCUAGGAUCUGUUUAGGGUUGGUUUGGCUUGGUGUGCGAGCUGUUGUUAUUUGCUGUGAAUACCUGUGACGCGAAUGCAAGCCUUGCGGUGAUAGCGGACGACGUGAGUGUAGGCGAAAGGAAGUUUCUCAUAUACGAUGUUAAUUAUGGUGAAGGUUUCAAUCUGCGUCGUGACGUCUUCAUGAGAGAUUUGCAGAAUUGCGAAUACAGUGCGAUUAUUACGGGAGAAUGGUCUCAAUUAUGUGUUGGUGUUACCGCCUUGGGGCGGUCUGCAUCACUGGAGGAGAAAUCACUUGAAAGUGCCGUGGUCACGUUUCUUUCACGUGCGCAGCAUCAACGAAUUCGUCCCUGUCAUUGA